AUGUAUAAACUGGAGUCUGUGACAUCAGGCCGUGGCCUCUCUCCUCCGCCACCUACUCUGAAGGCAACAAGAAUGUUUAGAAGAAAAGACUUUGAACUGAGGAGAUUCCAGGCUGAGCAAAGAAUUCAGACCUUGCCACCUGCAACAUCCAGUGGGGACCCUGGGGCAGCAGACAGCAGUUCUGCUGGGAAUCGCUCUACUCCGACAGCAGGAGCAGGCAGGGGAGAGGUGCUAAAACUGCUUUCAAAAUGGUGGCAGGGAGGUGGCUUAAGUGUUGCUGUGGGUUAUCCACUGGAUACAGUAAAGGUGAGAAUUCAGACAGAGAGAAGCUAUAAUGGAAUUUGGCACUGCAUUCGAGAAACAUACAAAGCGGAGAAAGCCUGGGGAUUUUACAAAGGCAUGUCACUGUCAGUAUCCACAGUGUCGCUUGUUUCUUCUUUUUCAUUUGGGGCAUACAGAAACUUCCUUUAUAACAUCUGCAGAUUAAGAUAUGGCACUUCAGACGUGAAGCCAUCAAAGGUGGAUAUUUCCGUUGCUGGAUGUGCUACUGGUGCUGUUCGGGUGGUGCUAAUAUCGCCUACCGAAAUAGCCAAAGUUCGAAUGCAAACUCAGAAGCAAUCACAUUACUCAGUUACAGCUUCUCACCUCUCCAAGCCAAAGUAUCAAGGACCUGUGCAUUGUCUGAGGAUGAUAGCAAAGGAGGAAGGUUUUAGGGGUUUAUACAAAGGUUGUUCUGCAUUACUGUGCAGGGAUUGCCACUCAUUUGCAACGUAUUUCCUAACCUAUAGUAUCCUGUGUGAUUGGUUUACUCCAGCUGGAAAAAAUAAACCAGACAUACUGACUGUGCUUCUUUCUGGUGGCUUUGCUGGUGUGUUUGGCUGGGCCGUAGCUACUCCUAUGGAUGUAAUUAAAUCACGGAUGCAAGUAGAUAACUUGGGACAGCGCAAGUACAGAGGACUCAUACACUGCAUCCGAGUAAGUGUGAAAGAAGAAGGAAUCAGAGUUCUUUUCAAAGGACUUGGAUUAAACUGCAUUCGUGCUUUUCCAGUGAACAUGGUGGUGUUUGUAACAUAUGAAGCUGUAAUGAGACUUGCAGAAGCUCUUAUGAAGUAAAAGCAUGUUACAUCACUCAGUUCUAAGGUGGCUGCUUCCUUUGAGAAGACUUUUCAUGUAACCAAACACUUAAACAACAGUCCACCAACGGAUGUCUUGUCAAGUUGUCUUGUCAAGUUGUCUCCUAUUUUUGUAAAAACUUGAUCAAACUUGUGUAGCACCUCCCUCCUCCUGGUUAACUAUUUUAGUGGAAAUCUCAAAGGUGUUGAUGGACAGGCCUGGGUUUUUCUGGAUCCUGCCUCAGCUCAGUAGGGUGUAACUUCUGUAUUCCCAUAUGAAUUUAUUUGACAGUGCCUCCACCCUCCCCUUGCUCCUUUCACCAGGGCAGCUUGCAAGUACAAUUCUAACCAUGGGUAACCCCCCACUUACUUGCCAACUCCCAAGAAAUAACACAAACACAGUAAUUCUGUUAAACAGGAAGUAAAUGUAACAGGGUAAAACACUACUCUCAGGAUCACCAGUUCCCACACUGAUAAUAUCUGUCAAGUUCCCCAGUCAUGUGACCUGAUAUAGCAACUGUAAAAUUAGUGUCCCCUUUAUACGUGCACUUUGUAGUGGCCCUUGACCACGCUAUGGUCUGUAGCAGCAAUUAGCAACUUGGCUGACUUGGCUUAGUGCAGCCCAACAGCCUCAUACUUGGGAUAAGCUGCUAAGCCCCUCCACAGGUUAAUAAGCAGGGUUUUUCCCAACAAAGCCCUCUCAACUGGGAGUUGCCUGGAAGAAAGGGCCAAGCUGAUGGAUUCUGCAUCCAAGUCCCCAGAGACCGGUUCUCAGCUGAACCCUGCAUGCAAGCCUGGGUCUCACCAGCUGCUCACACUGCCAGUCCUGGCCUUUUUGUGUCUGGCUCCAGACUGCUCCAGCAUAGCUCCUCCCCCUUCCAGGGCUCCCAGGGGCAGGCAUCUCCCUUCCUAUUGGUCCAACUAGUUAUUCUUCCUGAGGUUGCACUUGCCAAUCAUUUGACUCUGCCGCUCUCCUUGCUCUCAGACAUGGCCUCCCCUGCCAGCAGGCACCAUGCUGUCUUCCCCGGGACAACAGGGGCACCCGGACACUCAGUGUCUCUCCUCUCUCCCUCU